AUGUCGACUCACUUUUACCUUUUAGGGGAACCAUCCUUCACAGCAGUAGAGUUCGAUAUCUCUGAAGCAACGGACUUCCAAGCUUUGCAAGAUCUCGUGGGAUCGCGCUAUGCCGUUGUGGAACUUCGUGUACCAGAAGUACGUGCUGCAGACGGACCUGUUUCCAUCUCCAUCGACGGAAAUGCAAUAUACCCGGACCACCUGGGCAACCACCGAAGAAUGUUUGAAACAUACGGCAAGCUCUUUGCGGUGACCACGCUCGGCACCAAGUGGCACUACACAAACGACCCCAGCCUUGCCACCAUCUGCUUCACCGAAAGCGACUUCUUCACCAAGGCCGUCAUCCCAGGCCAUCCCCUGCACGCCUUCAACCUGGGCGAGGCUGGCAUCUUUUUCGGCAGUACGGAUUCCGAAAACUGGCGCGUCAAUCACAAAUUCUUCCCUCACACGCUGGGCCCCAAGGCCGUAGAGCUUCAGCUUCAGGAGGCCGCUCUGGAAGCCGAUCACAUCAUUGAUUUUGCCGUCCGAGCACGAGACGGCAAAGGAAACAAGUUGGCUCGAGAACAAGCCUCUCUGGGCGUGACAGUCACCGGCGCAGGGUUUUCGACAACCGCAUCGCUCAUGUCAUGGUUGAUAUACGGCCUCAUCUGCCAUGACGGAAUGCAAGAUCGUCUUCUCCAAGAGCUCGUCGACAACAACUGGGACGAAAACACCCCAACGGACCUCAUGCUACCGGGAGGCUACAAGAUGGCCAAGGUCUCCAUCGUCAUCAUGGCUCUGCACCACAUCCACAACGACAGCGAGCACUGGGACAGCCCUGCCCGGUUCGACCCGGACCGCUGGGACACGGAGCGGGUCAAGAACCGACAUGCGAGAUCGUUUCAGCCGUUUGGCUCGGAGCCCCGCGGGUGCAUUGUGUUUCAUCUGGCGCUGGAGGAGGUCAAGGUGUUCUUGCCCAAUCUGGUGUAUCGAUAUGAAUUUACGCUGGUGAAGAGGGAUGAGGCCGUUCAGUAUGACCCGGAUCAGGUCAUCAUUAAGCCGGGCAAUCUAUAUGUUCGCGCGGAGAGACGAGUUCGUUGGCCUGCAAAGUCUGAGUAG